AUGCUCGUAGGUAAUACCAUUUUCGCCGGUCUCGGUGUCAGUGAUCUGCCGGCAAACGUGCCAAAGCAUACCUGGACGAAAUCAUUAAUCGCCAUCUUAUCAUUCUGUCUGGGUGCGCUUUUCUUCUCACGAUACCAUCGAUACCUUGGCGGUCUCAAGCGAUGGGUGAUGGCCUCAUCGUUCUUGAUUCAAACGUCGUUCAUGGUCUUGACUGCAUCACUGAUUUCUGGAGGGAUUGUUGCGAAAACUGAAGAGACAGUGGUCGCUGACGGACGGGGGAGCUUCCCAUGGCACGAAUUGUGUCCCAUUGCUUUGCUGGCUUUUCAGAGCGCGGGUCAAAUUGUGGCGAGCAGGACCCUGAAAUAUAACGCAUUGCCGACCGUGGUCUUGACGAGCCUGUUCUGUGACUUAAUGAGUGAUCCCGACCUAUUCACGGCCGGGCUGCUUGAGGAUCCGGACCGAAACAGGCGGGCGUUAGGGGCGGUGUCAUUGUUUGGAGGCGCUGCCGUCUCCGGAGCCCUGCUUAAGACAUCAUUCCAAUAUGAUGGAGCGUUGUGGGUUGCAACGGGUGUGAAGGGCGCAAUGGUACUGGCAUGGUUGGCAUGGAGUGCCAGAAGGCCGCAGAUACAGAGAUGA